AUGAAAGAAGUCCCUACUCAAACUUCUCGUCCUAGACGACCAUCCGGUGCCAUUUUGCGGAAGACCCGAUCGCGCGAUAACGACAACGCAUUGGAUCCCCACGAAGCGCUCGAGCUCCAGCAGCUCCAAACACACGAGGACAACGAGCUGGACUACUCAACGCCAUCUGCUUCCUCGGGCGAUGAAUAUCGCGUUGUGACGCGUCGCACCACAUCACGCGCUCUUGCAUCACGUGCCGAUACGCAGCAACGCCGGCAAGCCCGAAAGGGGAUCUGGGGCAAGCUCACUCGGAUUUGGACGCAUAAUGUUACUUUGACAGUGCCACAUAAGAGUAGUCGGGAUUACUUCGCUCUGGAGAGAACAUUCCUUGCCUAUAUACGGACCUCUCUCGUCGUUGCCCAGCAAGGUGUGCUUAUCGCACAGCUGUUUCGUCUGCAGGCGGCGGAGGCGUUGGCAGAUCGCCUUGGAUUUCAUCGAGUCGGUACACCCCUCUCGGUCGCGUGUCACUGUGUGGCUAUUAUCGUGGCUUUGGUUGGGGCCUAUCGAUUCUGGAGGCAGCAGAAUGCUAUUUCUAGGGGAAGGAUAUAUGCCGGGGGCUGGGAGUUGAAUUCUGUGGGGAUAUUACUAGGUUGUAUCACUCUAACGGUGUUGAUUGUAUCUGUUGCUAUUAUCGUUGAGAUUGAUAUAGACCCAUCUGUAUUUGUUCGCCGAAUAGUAGGUGGUCCACCUGUUGCGCCCGAUGGAGCAAAAAGCUGGGCACCCAAAUGGGGCCAAAUCCGUCUAACCCUCUAA